AGCAGCACUUUGUCCGUCCAGGCAGCACCUUCCUCCAGCUUCGCCGCCGCGCUCCGCAAGCUCGCCAAGCAGGCAGAGGAGCCCAGAGGGUCAUCCAUAAGCAGCGAGUCGUCCCCGGUCUCCUCGCCGGCCACCAACCACAGCUCCCCUGCCAGCACCCCCAAGCGUGGCCCCAUGGGCCCCAUCAUCGUGCCCCCGGGGGGGCACAGCGUGCCCAGCACGCCGCCCGUCGUCACCAUCGCCCCCACCAAGACGGUCAACGGGGUCUGGAGGAGCGAGGGCAGACAGCAAGAAGCGGGGUCACGGGGCAGCAGCAGCAGCAGCAGCCGUGAUCGCCUCAUCUCGGAUCCCCCCCUUGCACAGGAGAAAGCAGGGGGGCCCACCGUGCCCUCCCACCUCUUGGGGACACCCUACUCCUUUGGGCUGCCCCCCAGCUCCGUUGUCCAGGACUCCCGCUUCCCACCCCUCAACCUGCAGCGGCCGGUCCACCACGUGGUGCCUCCCAGCGCCGUCACCGAGGAUUACCUGCGCAGCUUCCGUCCCUACCACACGGCCGAGGACCUCCGCAUGUCCUCCCUGCCACCCCUCGGCCUGGACCCGGCCACUGCUGCUGCUUACUACCACCCCAGCUACCUGACGCAUCACCCCUUCCCACACCCUGCCUUCAGGAUGGACGACUCGUACUGCCUGUCGGCGCUGCGGUCCCCCUUCUACCCGCUGCCGGCGCCGGGCUCGCUGCCCCCCCUGCACCCCUCGGCCAUGCACCUGCACCUCUCGGGGCGCCGCCUGCGCCAGGAGAAGGAAGAUCGGCAAUCCCAAGUCUCGGAAUUCCGGCAACAAGUGCUGGAGCAGCACCUGGACAUGGGACGUGCCCCGAGCCAGCCCGAACCCGAGCACCGGUCUGAGCACUCCAGCAUCCUACCCCCUUGUACUAGCACCCUGCUCUAUCCCUCUCCCAAGCCAGGUCCCUGUGGGUUCCUCAGUGUCCUGACAGGUUACUAUUACGACCUGGACGACUCCUGCGACGACAGCGACGAGGAGGAGGUGCGGGCCCACCUCCGCUGCGUGGCCGAGCAGCCCCCGCUGAAGCUGGACACGUCCUCCGAGAAGCUGGAGUUCCUGCAGCUCUUCGGCCUCACCACGCAGCAGCAGAAGGAGGAGUUGCUGAGCCAGAAGCGGCGCAAGCGGCGGCGGAUGCUGCGGGAGAGGAGCCCCUCGCCGCCCACGGUGCAGAACAAGCGCCGCACGCCCUCCCCGCGCCUCCCGCUCUCCACCCGAUACAGCCCCGACGAGAUGAACAACAGCCCCAACUUCGAGGAGAAGAAACGCUUCCUCACCAUCUUCAACCUCACCCACAUCAGCGCUGAGAAGAGGAAAGACAAGGAGAAGCUGGUGGAGAUGCUCCAGGCCAUGAAGCAGAAGACCACACCGGCCGCCGUGGUGGUGAAGAGCUCCCCACGGGACAGCCCCAGUGGCCCCGCCACCGAGCCACCAGUCCCGCCGCUCCUGCUGGAUCCAGAUAAACCCAUGGGCAUCGCUGUCUCCCUGCCGGAGGCACAGAAGACGACAGAGCCAGGCAGGUUAGACCAGCUGAGGCCCCAAGAGCUACCCAGGGCCAAGGAACUGGCAGAGAAACCCCCCCGGCUGAGUGACGGGCACCCUGGGAAGAAGGCGCUGAGCAUCCUCGGCUACGUCAGGGGUCCCCUGCCCAAGGACAUCCCGGUGCCGCUGUCCCACAGCAUGAAUGGCAAGAGCAAGCCCUGGGAGCCCUUCAUUGCCGAGGAGUUUGCCCAUCAGUUCCACGAGUCGGUGCUGCAGUCCACACAGAAGGCGUUGCAGAAGCACAAAGGGGGGACGGCGGCGCUGACGGCCGAGCAGAACCACAAGCUGGACACCUCCAUCCACUACAACAUCCCCGAGCUCCAGGCCUCCAGCCGCCUGGCUGCACCCCCCCACAACGGCACCGCCGAGGGGCCCCUGCCCCACCGGGCACUGCCCCCCCUGCCCCGGGACUCUGCCUCCGAGGAGGAGGACGAGGAGGAGGACGAAGAAGAGGAAGAGGAGGAGGAGUACCCCAGGCCCAAGUGGCAAGGGAUCGAGGCAAUUUUUGAAGCUUACCAGGAACAUAUAGAAGAACAAAACCUGGAGCGCCAAGUGCUGCAGAGCCAGUGCCGGCGGCCGGAGGCCCCGCACUACAGCCUGAGCCUGACGGCAGAGCCGCUCUCGCACAGCAUGGCGGCACCCCAUGAUCUCCUGGUCCCCUUUGCCAGGCACCCAUGA